GAGAAGCUACGAGGAUCCUAAGACCAUCAUAAGGAUGAAGAGACGAGCCACGAGAAUGAUUUGGCUGCGGCUGACUUGCCUCAUUGGUCUCACAUCUUGUCUAGAAGAAAUUCUUUUGGAUACAACAGGAGAGACGUCUGAGAUUGGCUGGACUGCCCAUCCUCCUGACGGGUGGGAUGAGGUGAGCGUCUUGGAUGAUAGAAAGCACCUGAUCCGAACCUUUGAGGUCUGCAAUGUUGCUGAUCCGGGGCAGAAUAACUGGCUGCGGACUCACUUCAUAGAGAGGCGUGGCGCUCGCCGUGUUCAUGUCCGCCUCCGCUUUUCUGUCCGCGACUGUGCCAGCAUGAGGACUGUGGCCUCUUCCUGCAAGGAAACCUUCACUCUUUACUAUCAUGAAUCGGACGCCGCUGUGGCCACUCCCGAGUAUCCCGAGUGGCACGAGGGACCAUGGACCAAGGUGGAUACAAUUGCCGCUGAUGAGAGCUUCUCCCAGGUGGACAGCACUGGGAAGGUGGUGAAGAUGAAUGUGAAAGUGCGCAGCUUUGGGCCGCUCACCAAGAGAGGCUUCUACUUGGCCUUCCAGGACUCGGGAGCCUGCAUGUCCCUGGUGGCUGUUCAGGUUUUCUUCUACAAGUGCCCCACAGUGGUGAAGGGCUUUGCCUCUUUCCCGGAGACAUUUGCAGGAGGCGAGAGGACUUCCCUGGUGGAGGCACCUGGGACCUGCGUGGCUGAUGCAGAGGAAGCCAGCAGUACUGGCCCCUCGGGGGUGAGGCUGCACUGCAACGGGGAAGGCGAGUGGAUGGUAGCCAUUGGGAGGUGUGCCUGCCGUGCCGGCUACGAGCCUGCGGAUGAAGAGCGGCUCUGUACAGCUUGCACCAUUGGCACCUUCAAGGCAUCGGUGGGAGAUGCCCCAUGCAGCCCUUGUCCUGCCCACAGUUACUCUUCCACGCCAGGCUCCAGUGAAUGUGCCUGCCUGACCCGAUACUACCGUUCUUCUUCGGACAAUUCUGAUGCCCCCUGUACCAGCACCCCAUCCGCCCCCCGCGACCUCAGCUAUGAGAUCAUUGGAUCGAAUGUUCUCUUGACUUGGCGCCUCCCAAAGGACCUGGGUGGGCGAAAGGAUGUUUUCUUCAAUGUCCUCUGCAAAGUGUGCCCAACCGGGUCACCAGGGCCUUGUGUGCGUUGUGGGGACAGUGUCCAGUUUGAGCCACGCCAAGUGGGGCUGACAGAGAGCCGGGUGCAAGUCUCCAACCUCCUGGCUCGUGUGCAGUAUACCUUUGAGAUCCAGGCGGUCAACCUCGUGACUGAGCUGAGCCCAGAUUCUCCACAGUACGCUGCCAUCAAUGUUAGCACCAGCCAGUCAGUCCCUUCUGCAGUUCCGAUGAUGCACCAGGUGAGUCGCACAACUAGCAGCAUCACUUUGUCCUGGCCGCAGCCCGACCAACCCAAUGGGAUCAUUUUGGACUAUCAGCUUCGCUAUUUUGACAAGUCAGAAGACGAGGACAAUUCGUUCACCCUCACCAGUGAGACUAACAUGGCCACUAUCUCCAAUCUGAGCCCAGGGAAGAUCUAUGCCUUCCAGGUGCGAGCCCGGACAGCAGUGGGUUAUGGGCCAUACAGUGGAAAGAUGUAUUUCCAGACCCUGGUGGGAGGCGAACGCUCUGAGAUGGUCCAGGAUCGAUUGCCACUUAUCGUAGGUUCGGCGCUUGGUGGAUUGGCCUUCCUCGUAAUUGCUGCUAUCGCCAUCCUUGCCAUUGUCUUCAAGAGUAAGAGGCGAGAGACACCCUACACAGACCGCCUGCAACAGUACAUCAGCACACGGGGUCUUGGAGUCAAGUAUUACAUUGAUCCCUCCACCUAUGAAGACCCGAAUGAAGCUAUCCGGGAAUUCGCCAAGGAAAUUGAUGUGUCUUUCGUCAAGAUAGAGGAAGUCAUUGGCUCGGGAGAGUUUGGCGAGGUGUGCUUUGGACGCCUGAAGCCUCCAGGGAAGCGAGAAUACACCGUGGCUAUAAAGACCCUGAAGGCCGGGUACACAGACGAGCAGCGCCGGGAAUUCCUGAGCGAGGCCAGCAUCAUGGGGCAGUUUGAGCACCCGAACGUCAUACGCCUGGAGGGGGUGGUCACCAAGAGCCGCCCCGUCAUGAUCGUCACAGAGUUCAUGGAGAAUGGCUCUCUGGACUCCUUCCUUCGGCAAAAGGAAGGGCAGUUCAGCGUGCUGCAGCUAGUGGGAAUGCUGCGAGGCAUUGCUGCAGGCAUGCGCUACCUCUCCGAUAUGAAUUACGUCCACCGGGACUUGGCUGCCCGCAAUAUCCUGGUCAACAGCAACCUGGUUUGCAAGGUGUCAGAUUUCGGCCUGUCAAGGUUUUUGGAAGAUGACGCUUCGAAUCCAACUUACACGGGAGCCUUGGGUGGCAAGAUCCCCAUACGGUGGACUGCCCCAGAGGCUAUCCAGUAUCGCAAGUUCACAUCCUCCAGCGAUGUCUGGAGCUAUGGCAUUGUGAUGUGGGAGGUCAUGUCCUAUGGCGAGAGGCCCUACUGGGACAUGUCCAAUCAGGAUGUGAUCAAUGCUAUCGACCAGGACUAUCGCCUGCCGCCUCCCCCAGAUUGCCCCACCGUCUUGCACUUGCUGAUGCUGGACUGUUGGCAGAAGGAACGGGUCCAGAGGCCCAAAUUUGAGCAGAUUGUGAAUGCCCUGGACAAGAUGAUCCGCAAGCCGUCGGCCCUCAAAGCUAUUGGCACAGGGAACAGCAGAGCAUCCCAGCACCUGCUGAGCAACUCGCCCCCCGAUUUCCCGUCGCUCACCAAUGCCCACGAGUGGCUGGAUGCCAUUAAGAUGGCUCGCUACAAGGAGAACUUCGACCAGGCUGGCCUCACCACGUUUGAUGUCAUCUCGCGCAUGACUCUGGAAGACAUCCAGCGCAUUGGCAUCAGCUUGGUUGGCCACCAGAAGAAGAUUCUCAACAGCAUCCAACUGAUGCGGGUUCACCUCAAUCAGCUUGAACCUGUGGAGGUCUGACAUUGAGAAGAGACACCACCCUGUCCUCACCCCCUUAAAGUUGCUGGAGGUGGACACGAGCCUUUGGUUGCAAA